CGCGCCGCGUUGCUUAGCGACGCUGGGGCCGGACCGGCCGGGCUGGGGGCGGCAUGAGCCGGGCGGCGCUGGCCGAGGGGGAGCCCGAGGGGCCGGGGGAGCCGCGGGCGCGGCGCCCGUCGCUGAACUCGGAGGAGCAGGAGGAGCGGAUCGCGGCCCGGCGCCUCCGCAUCGCGGCCCGGCUGGAGGCCAAGCGCCGGGAGGCCCUCGGAGAAGAUCCCGAUGCGAAGAAGGCUGAGGCAGAAGAGCUGAGCAGGAGCCACAAGCAGAUAGAAGAAAGCAGACAGAGGCUAGCUAAGCUGCUCAAUGACGGCACGCAGCUAGUGACAAAUAUCCAGGUGGCUGCAGACGCAAGGGAGACCCAGAGGAGGGCUGAGGAGGACGAACUCAAGCGACAGAGGAUCGAGAAACUGGAGAAUGAAUCCAAGACUAAUCAGGACAAGUUUGAAGAGAUCACCUCAAAAUGGGGCUCGGCCAAAGAGAAAACCAUCCCGCAGGACCUGUGGGACGUGCUCAACCAGCAGCAGCAGCAGUGUGCUCUGCUCAUUGAAGAGAAGAACAAGCUCAUCAGCGAACUGCAGCAGGAGCUGAAAAGCAAAGAUGACCAGUAUGUGAAGGAUCUCAAGAAGCAGUCAGACGACAUUAACCUGCUGGUAGAGAGAAUGGAGGAGCAGAUCAGAAACCUAAUGAAAACUUACCGUCGGGAACUCACGCAGAUUGAGAAAGCUUUUGAGCUGGAACGGCGAGAGCAGCUGAGCAGCAACAAGAAGAAAUGGGAGCAAGCCAUGCAGGCCCACAACGCCCAGGAGCUGGAGAACCUGAUCACCCGCAUGCAGAAAGUGGAGGAGUACGAGAAGCAGCUGAAUCAGCUGCGGGUGCAGGAUGCUGAGGAGUACACUACCAUCAAAAUCCAGCUGGAGAACGACGUACAGAUCCUGGAGCAGCAGCUGCAGCAAAUGAAAGCCAUUUACCAGCUGAACCAGGAGAAGCUGGAAUACAACUUCCAGGUGCUAAAGAAACGGGAUGAGGAAAACACCAUCAUAAAAUCCCAGCAGAAAAGGAAACUCAACCGGCUGCAUGACGUGCUCAACGCCUUGAGAAUGAAGCUGGCCAAACAGAUAAAGCAAUUCCAGGAGGAGAACCAGACCCUGACGGCCGACUACAAGCGCAUCGUGGAGCAGUACAAGGAUCUGCAGAGAACGAUGAGACACUUUGCCGUCGUCGAUGCCCAGAAGUUCCUGGAGGUCUGGCUGAUGAACGAGGAGGAAGCCAAAGGGCUGAUGUGGAAAGCCCUCGAGGCCGAUCGCAUCAUUCACACCCAGCAGCUGGGGCUGCCCUGGGUGGAGCCUGACUACUGGUUCCUGGACAACGUGGGCCCCAUCGUGCACCGCAAGGCCAUCAGAUCUGCCAGCAAGCUGGCCCAGGAGGUGAUGGCAUUAACAGAAAGCAGCCAGCAGGAAGAGGAGGAAGGUGCUGUGGAGGAAGGUAGAAAAGAGGCUGGAGAGGAAGUUAAGCCUCCCCGGCACAUCUCGGUGAAGUCUGUCAAACACAUCCUGGAGCUCCUGUGCGACGAGUCGGGCUUCCUGAUAGAGAGCAAGCUGCUGGGACUCCUGCAGCCCCUGGAGAGGCACGAGCGCUCCCUGAUGAGGCUGGACGCAAUCUUUGCGGCCCUCGACAUUGACAAUGAAGACGACGUGUAUGCGCUGGUGGAUUUCUUCUUGAAGUUCAAAGCCCAGCAGGUCGGCUCCAGCCAGGGCAAGGAGUGGGCAGAGGAGCAGGUCCCUGAAGAACUCGCUGUGGAUGCAGCAGACAGCGAUGAGGGAUCCGCUGCCCUGCAGGAGGAAGGCACGGCCCAUCAGAGCUCGGCAGCAUCGCCGUCCUCUGUGCUCUUCCAUCCCGAUGACGUCCUCAAGGCCCUCAAAGCAUUUGUCCUGGACUUCCAGAAGCCGAGGGACAAGCGGCCGCAGCUGAAGAAGGUGUUGGAGGAACGGGACGACUCCAAGGACUCUGAGUAUUGGGAGGCCCUGGCUCACGUCAUCCCAGAGCCAAAGCUGAAGGUUUGGGACGCGCUGGAGGCGGCGUUGGAGAAAUACUACUCUGUGCUGAGCCAGCGGUCGAAGCUGCUCACAGAUCUUGACGGGCUCCAGCAGCAGAACACGGAGCUGCACAUGCUGCUGCAUCAGUACCUCACCUCCAAGGUGAACGAGGAGCUGCUGAUUCCACCCACCCACGUGAUAGAGCUGAUGCCACCGUGACCGUCAGGGGGCCGGGAGCCCUGGCAGGCAGCGUGAGACCGUUGCCGUACGUCCCUACCCACGAGCCCUCGGUGCCGGACCCGGGGCAGUCUCUGGAUGGCAGCGGCUGGAAUAAAC